GUGCUGGACACUUUGAGCUGCUCAUCAGCGCAAUUGUCCCAUUGUUUCUUGCCUGGCAUCAAAAGGAUUCUAGAGCUGCAAGAGGAGCCAUAUUAGCCCUGCUGACUGGCUGACUGUGCUUGUGAUCAGCAGCUUCCCAAUGAUAGGAGCUGACAGAGCACUCGGAGUCUCUAACUGGCUCCCUCUAGAUGAUUUGACAGGUGCGGGAGCAUCAGCCAGCGAGUUACAACUUACAGUUAGGCGGGAGUUAGGCAGAGUGCCACGUGCCUCGGUGUUUGGCAAUUCAAGUUGAGUGCAUAAAGACGUCAAGAGGGAAGCUGAGGCAGCCUGAGAUUUACGCUGACCAGUAGUACUUGUAGAACGUCAGAAGCAGCUAGACAGACUGCGAAGCUGGCUUUGUUCCCCUCAUGAAUACCUCUUGAAGCUUCUGUCUAUCAGACUGCAAACCGUUUGCCCGCUAUGGCAUCCACAACUGCAAAGUUGCGUGGUUCUGUGAAGCUUCUCCCUUCUCACUGCAACUCCAGCUUGUUCGACAGAGGCCAGAUGCUGAGCAAAGUAAAGGUGACGUCGAAAAGAAGCCGUCGCAGCUUGAAUCUUGGCAGUCUUGACUCAGCGCCAACAAAAACAUCCCUGAUCACCAGCAAACUCAACCAUGGCUGGGGACAGCAAAGCUUUAGUAGGACCAAGUACUCAGCCUACUUUUUGCUUCUGAGAGGGGCAGAUGAGGAGGGCCCACGACAGCAGCCAGGUUGGGGCUGGAUGAUGAGAAGCAAUCGACUAACGGUGUCCACGAGUGUCUCUCCAAGCGACAUCCUCAACCCCAAAAACUACCCCGACUUCGAUGCCCGUGCGGAACGAGAUGUUGGGUCCUUUGUUUCCAAGCUCUGCGCUCUAAGGAGGUGCUUUGUGACAUAUACCUCCCCUGCUGAUCUACUUGGGUUUGGCAACAUGAACCGUUGGCAUGAAUACGCCAAUUUGUACUUGUUGGUCCCAGAGGGAAGCUUUCAAGUGGAGAGUACCGAGCAGCCACUGAAGCCAGGCGACUUGCAAAGGAUGAUAGAGGGCGCGCAACAAGGGGGCGCCUGGGCGUUCCGCGGCUCCGAUAACGACGGCUGGGUCAUCCUUUUCGACGACUUGGGUGAGCCGCUCGUGCUCCACACACAUUCCGAACCGUCGAAGGAGUCGGCGGAAGUCGGCAACAACGAGGAUUCGGGGAACGCGGGGACGGUGAAUGUCGAAGCCGUCUUCAGGGCCUUUGAGGAAGUGUCGAGCAACCCCGCGAUGUGGGAUCCCUCCACCCGAUCCCUCUUCGUAUACAUCACGGACAAGACGGCUGCUUAUGACGCGUACGUGACGCUGAGUGAGCGCGCACGUGACGUCAUUCUCAUCGACGCGCGGCGCCACAGGGCUUUCUACGGACACCAGGAAGAGGGCAGUCUGAUGCAUUCGUUCAAGGUGCUCGAGGACCUCGCGCGUGACUGGCAUACCUUUGGGUCGCCCCCUCCACCGCCACCCCACUUCCCUAUUGGCGACCACCUGGAAUAGUGGCCCGAAGACCUCAACUCGAAGAGGGUCUGAUUAGCGCACUUUGCCAGGUCUUCAAGCCGAGGACGCAACGGAGCCAGAAGCUACCGACUUGGAAGCGGGUUAGGAUGAUGGUUAAUUGUGAAGUCACAUAUAGAAGCGGUGCAUCCUAAGAUACGGUUCAUCUUUUUUGGGUUCAAAUCUUACAUAGGCGGUAUGUAUGAAGUUAGUGCAAUAGGGCACAGUACUAUUAGUAAAUCAGCUGUGUAGGAUGUUGGCUGGGUGAAAUGUAAGAGGGCAGGCUGCUGGCGACCGAUUACCAAGAGAGCAUGACCUACAUAUGCUCGCAACUUCGGAUUGACUCUGCUUGUCAAUCAAUACGGCCCGGGUACUAUGCUUGUAACUUGCGAUCCAAGCUGCAAAAGCGAAGAGAAUAAUCAAGCGCCUGAUGAGACGUAACGUCUUGGUUGAACUAUGUCGUAUAGACAGCGACUAGGCGAAUGAACGGAACCAAGAAUGCUGUCAGGAGCUUGUAUCAUUAUCUAGGUUAUACAGGAUGUUUCAUCGAACG